AAAACUAAUUUUCAAAACAAAAAAAAAAACAAUCUAUCUAUCUUUCUAUCAAUUUAUCAAUUAAUUAAUCAUAAGCAAGAAUUUUGGAUUAAGUAAACAGACAGUUUAAUUAAUAAAUAAAUAUAUAUAAAAAUGUCUUAAGAUUUAUUCAAAUAAAAGUUACGUCCUCUUUCUCAUAAUGUUUACUCACAUAAUUCAGAUACAAGAUCUUCAACUGCUAACCCUUAAAAGAAUAAGUAGGGAACAAUUUACAAGGGGAACUUUUUAUCUAAGGCACUAUCACCUUUGAAUUAAGAAGCGAUGCUCUUUUAGCAAAUAUUUCAGUAAAGAGCGAGGCCAAUUACUACUGGAGGACUGCAAUAUCCUCAAACAACAACAAGCACUUCUAAUUAAUUUAUUGUUAAAAAUCAACUUAAACCUAGAACAGCUACUUAUAACGUAACAUAAAAAGCUAAUUAGCAUACUUAAAUAGGAAGACCAACAACUACAAAUUCAGCAAAGCAUCAAGAAAGAAAUUUUUUAGAUUUUAAUUUAGUUGAAUCUGAAGUAUAUCCUGGAAUAUAUUAUGCCAAAACAUCAUUGAGAAAUUUGCUGAAAGAAAUUAAAUUUCCAAAGUAAAUUAAAGCGCUUCCUCCUGAUGACUAUCGUUUGAAUCUCAUUUAUUAAAUUAUAUAAAAGCUUUUUCAUGAGUUAAAUUUCUUUUUGUUUAACAUCUUGAUUUGUUAGCAUGAAAUUACAUAAAAUUAUCUUAUCUUCUUUUCUGACUCGGAAAGUGUUCCUUUUAGUAAAUGCUGUAAUUCUCCUGUUUAUGUAGAAUUGUAUGAGAGUGGUACGGGAAGAAUUAUGUGUAAUGAUUAGAUGUGCUAAAUGUAGUUAUUAACUGAAUUCAUAAUUAACUUCGAAGAAGGAUAAAAUUUGUGGAAAGAAAACUUAGUUUUUAACACGAACCCAAAUUAAGACAAUGAAGUUAGAAGACAAGUUUCUAAGCUAAUAACGACUGGAUUUUUUAAACAUAAAUCGAUUGUGAAAGAAGUUAAAAAGCUCUAGAAACCUACAUAGUACAAAUAAAAAAAUACUAACGACUUUUAUCCUCUUUAAGCUAACAGCCAAGAAAAUUUUUAAUCAACUCAAAAUUAAUAUUUUUAAAAUCCUUUUUUGACAGCUUAAGAAGAAGGAUACUAAGCUUAUUAUGGAUAAAAAUAACCAGGUUUUAAUCAGUUUAAUGCUCCUCCCGAGUUUUAAGAUUUAUAAUUUUAGAGUAGUGAUAACUUUUAAGAUAUUUAGUAGAACAAACAUAAAUUUAAUUUAAAGAGUAAUAUACCGAUAUAAAAUAUAGAUAAUGAUGAUCAAUAAAUGCCAUUAACUAGAUUGAAAAUAAACUAAGGUGAAUUAAUUGUGAUGAAUUAAAAAAUAACUAAUGGAUUGGUGCAGAACAGCUAAAUUUUCAAUAAAGAAUUUAAAAGCAAUAAUAAAUUCCAGAUAAAUCAAACUUAAACAAAAUGGAGACCUCAGUCUUUUUCGAAUGCAGAAAGUGAAUUUUAAUUAAGAUUGCCUAAUAAUGCUCCAAGCAUCCGUUUAAAAAGUGGGUUUAACAAAGAAAAAAGAAAUAAAAGCACAAAUCAUAAAUAAUUUUUAGAACAAAUCGAUAAGCAUCAGUAAAGUAAAUAGAACGAAGAAGAGAAAACAUUACUUGAUAUCAAAAAUAUGAUAAAUGAUAUUCUUUCUUGA